AUGCAUCGUCCACAGCCAGAACCUGUCCGAGAGGGCAAGCUGCGGGCUGCCUGUGACCGAUGCCAUGACCUGAAGAACCGCUGCGUGAGGAUCGGGGGCAUCGACAGUCGCUGCGACAGGUGUGAGAGGCUGGACAUUGACUGCGUCUAUCGCAAUGCGUCGCGGAUGGGUCGUCCUAAGGGGCAGAGAAGGACAUCGACAUCAUCCCUGUUUUCCUCGCGUCGGUCAGGGGACGUUGCUCAAGCUCACAGGAGGGUGGCCAGCAGCGUUAGCACGGGCAGCGACAACAUGCCCGAGAUGAUGUCGGCUGUUGUGGUGGGCUCUGAGACGGAUCCCAGUACAAGCACCAGCACCAGCACCAGCACCAGCACCAGCACCCAUAGCGGCAGCAUAACCCUCAUCGACUCACCGGCCGAGGUCAUGAGUCUCUUGAUUUCCCCGGAACCGUUGGCCUCGCCAGGGAUGCAGCCACCGGGUCCAGACCUAGACUGGAGCAUGGACUUCAGUCUCCAGACCAGCAGCAUUCCAUGCCAUGAUCCUUUCUUUUCAGACGAGAACCCCGGGUCACCGCCCCCUGAACAGCCAGCUCAGGCAGAAAACACCUCGCUGGGGGGCCAUACCACUAACAUGGACAUCUGCGGCGGCGGGCCCCAGCACCCCGAGACGUCUCCAACCACAGCCGACAGACUUGUCGAGUUGCAGACCCAACUGCACCGCCUGCUGUCGGUUGCCCAUGAUGAUCAUUCGGGAUUCGACUAUGUCCAGGAGGGACUAGAAGCGGCCAAGACCUUCCUGGGCGUCCUGCAGACCAGCCUGGCCUCACUGAACGAUUAUUGUCCCGAUGCAGCGAAAGUCCCCGCACCGUCGGUGAGCUACAUUGCCGUCCAGCAGUCUCUGGUGUGCUACUCGUAUGUGCUGCUACUGCUGGACCGCGUCGUCGGCGUGUUAACUGGCAGUGGUCCCCCUGUUGCACAUACAUGUGCCGGAACUUCAUCAUACAUGUAUACCCCUAGCCCGUUGGGUGAAUCGCCAGCCGUCACUGCGCUGAGCCUGGGAGUGUUCAACCUCGCUUCGCAGCCCGCGCUCAACGUCGAGAUGGUGUUGCACCUCGUGCUUCGCAUGGUUCAACGUCUGCGGAAAAUGAUUCACCUGCUCGCGUCAGGGUGCAAGGACCUUGCUGGUGUGUUGGACCGUCCGGGCCGGAUACCCGCGUCAUCGGCGUCAGGGGGGGAGAUGCAUGUCUCGGCGGUGGAGGCUGAUAGAGGAUCAUCAAAGAAGGCAAACGGAACCCCCGUGUCGAUAGCUGUCAUGUCGUAUGCCGUAUCGGAUUUUAUUGUGGAGAGGGAGAAUGCUCUGGUUGGGAGGCUGGCACGGUUGGCAAACAGUAGCGGUCCAGACUGAACAUGAAGAUCAAGUUAGGUACUACUAUUAGACCAGAAGUUCUACAUGUAUGUACAAGAUGGCAGCGGAGAAGUUUGAGACGGGUAGAAGAGGGCGUCCCCCCUAUUUAUGUUGGCAAGAUGUAACAUGACAAUAGGGACACAACCCAACCCAACAUGAACCCAACCACCUGCACCUUUGUCCAAC